AUGGGACGACGUGCCCAGGAUGCCAGGUGCUCUGUAUGCUUUGCCUCCAUCUUUGGCGACCUCGACGAUGUGAACGAGCCCAGAGCUGCCGUCGCGACCGAGUGCGGUCAUGUGAUCCACGAACACUGUAUGCUCCGCUGGAUCGAAAUGUCCGCCGACGCCCAGCUCGCCAACAAACAGAUCGACCACCGCGACGAAGCCGAAGCGACCUGUCCCCAAUGCAGGAGCGAGAUCUACGCCGACGAGGAGACUGGGAAACCGCUGAUACACCGGCUGUAUCCUGUGUUUGAUGAUGAACAGGGGAGUAGUCAGGUGAGGUCGUCCCCUGUCAAGGCGGAGCCUGUUGAUGAAGGGUUGAUGGGGAUGGCGAGGAGGGCGAAGGCAAUGAAGAGCGAGAUUGAUGAGCUUGGUCCGGAGAGUACGAGAAGUCAGCUUGAACGAGGUGCAGAGCGGGUGGAAGGGUUGAAGAAGGAUUUGGAGGUCUCGGCAAAGUCUAUAUCUGCCGUCAGGACCCAUGUGGGCGGACUCAUAGCAUCAAUCAACAACCUCCGCAGUACCAUAACAGACUACCCCCUCACCCCCCAACUCCGCGACGAAAACAUGGCCCUCCGCGCCCAACUCGAGUCUGCCCACCUCACCAUGCGGCGUAUCCAAACCGAGAUGAACCAGAAGCUCAUGGCAGAAGUACGCAUCGCAAGACGGGAAGAGCAGGAGAAGGCUGUAAGGUUGGUGGAGGAGCAGAUGGAAAGGGUUGAUCAGGUGAAGUCAGAGUUGGGGAGGGCGAUGGCGGAGAAGAAUGCGAGUGGCAAGUUGGCAAUGGAGAGGACGAAUGAGAUGAGGAAGAAGGUGGAGAGGUUGGAGGCUCAGAUGAAACGGAACAUAAAAGACAAAGAAGAUGCUGAGGAAUCAGAAGGGGACAAGAGGAAGCAGCUCAAACGGUGGAUGGACAAAUACGAAAAGCUGGAAAAGAAGAGCAACGAGUACAAACGCGAAAACACCACCCUCGCCGAAGAGAUCACCGCCCUCAAAGCUAACAUAGCACUCCGUCCCGAUCCAGCUACACACGACCUCUCCUGGGCUGAAGGCGAUUCAUCAGUCACGUGGGUACCACCACCUGAUACCGCUUCUUCCAAUAUUCGCCCCGCCCCUCCGCCUAGAAGGGUCUCGAGCAACCACCGAACAGCGGACGAGUCGUCUUUGAUGAUAGACAUGCCGUCGUUCCACGAUUCCUUUUCGCGAGAGGUGCAAAGCGUGCCGCCGCAGCGGAGCGCUACAGCAAAGACCUUUUCGUCCGACAUGUUUGCGGGCAAGAAGGAGAAGAAGAGUAAAUAUUUCGGGGCCGGCGAGAAUGGAGACGACAUUUCCGAUCUCUCCUUGAAGAGGAAGAGAAACAAUUCCUUCUCACUCUCGGGUUUACCAGAAGCCUCCCUCGCACCAUCAUCCCCUUCUUUUCGCGUACCAGAAACCGUGCCAAGCUCUUCCCCGCCACUCCCAAGGGCAUCAUCUUCAUCAAACCCAUUCGUAAGAAGCAAAGAUUCUCGCGCUACCCCCGCCACUCGUCCCGCCCAAGCUUCUUUACCGAGCCAAUCCCGGCCUCCUCCCAAUUCGACUGUGCUGGUACCACCGUCGUCUCCGCCAGUGCGCGAGAUUGUAUCGCCCUGGGAUGGGGUGGAUGAGUCGCCGAGUCCACCGAAGAAGGUGGAUAACGGGAAAGGGAAGGGGAAGGGGAGAACGUAUCUGUCGGAUGAGUAUGAGGAUACGGCAUCUUCAAAGUCGACCCUUCCUUCCCGAGCUGAGCAUCGUCCCGCAUCCCAGACAACAGCCCGACUCCCACUGUCCUCCCGUUCCCUUCAACCCAGUACCGAUUCCAUCCCCAGCUCAAACCCUUACACCUUAUCAGGCAAAGAAAAAGUGAGAGGAUCAACGACGACGACGACGACGACGGGAAAAGACAAAGCGGUCAACAAGACGAGCGCGCAGCAGAGUAUACUGUCGAUGUUUGCGGAUAAGAGUGGGAGACCGAAGGCGGGGGUGGUGACUGGGUCGAAGAGCAAGAAGAGGAUAUGA